GCCCGCCUGGGGGCCAUGGGGGGAGAGGUGAGGCUGCCGCCCGGAGAGCCCUGCCGAGAAGGCUACGUGCUGUCUUUGGUCUGUCCAAACUCCUCCCAGGCUUGGUGUGAGAUCACAAAUGUGUCACAGCUGCUGGCUUCUCCUGUCCUCCACAGGGACCUGAAUUCCAGCCUAACCAACUUGAGCAUUUCUGCAAAUGUAGAAAACAAGUACAGUCUUUAUGUGGGCCUGGUCCUGGCUGUAAGUUCCAGUAUUUUUAUUGGCUCCAGCUUCAUAUUGAAAAAGAAGGGCCUCUUGCAACUGGCCAACAAGGGCGUUACUAGAGCUGGUCAAGGUGGACAUUCCUACCUCAAGGAAUGGCUCUGGUGGGCAGGAUUACUCUCAAUGGGAGCCGGAGAGGCUGCAAACUUUGCAGCUUAUGCUUUUGCACCUGCCACGCUGGUCACGCCACUGGGCGCGCUGAGUGUUCUCAUCAGUGCAAUAUUAUCUUCCUAUUUUUUAAAUGAGCACUUGAACAUUCAUGGGAAAAUAGGCUGCGUAUUAAGUAUAUUGGGGUCAACUGUGAUGGUUAUCCAUGCCCCACAAGAAGAGGAAGUCGCUUCUUUGCAUGAAAUGGAAAUGAAAUUGAGAGACCCAGGAUUCAUUUCCUUUGCUGUGAUCAUUACCAUGAUCGCCUUGGUGCUGAUUUUGAUCGUGGCUCCCAAGAAAGGACAGACCAACAUAUUAGUCUACAUUUCAAUCUGCUCAUUGAUUGGAGCAUUUUCAGUUUCUUCUGUGAAGGGCCUGGGAAUUGCCAUUAAAGAACUAUUGGAAUGGAAGCCAGUUUACAAGAACCCCCUGGUCUUUGUUUUGCUGGCUGUACUUGUGCUUUCAGUGACGACACAGAUUAACUAUCUCAACAAGGCCCUAGACACCUUUAAUACAUCGCUUGUGACUCCCAUUUACUAUGUGUUCUUUACGACCAUGGUAGUGACGUGCUCCGCCAUCUUGUUCCAAGAAUGGUAUGGCAUGAGAGCUGGAGAUAUCAUCGGGACCCUGAGUGGGUUCUUCACCAUUAUCAAUGGCAUCUUCCUUCUACAUGCUUUUAAAAACACAGACAUCACCUGGAGUGACCUGACAUCCGCCACUCAGAAAGAAGCCCUCUCUCUGAAUGGCAAUGAAGACAAGUAUGUCUUACUAGAGAAUAUAGAAUGUUCAACCUCGGGAUAUGAGGAUGACAUUACCUUGUUUAGCAGGACUCGUGAAUGAUCAAAGUCUCUACAAACAUUGGGCUUGAACCAUGAAGAGACACUUGGAGAGGAGAAGGAAUACCUGCAGAACUAUUAGGAAAGCUGACAUUUUUAAGGUCCUAACUAAUAAUUUAGAUGUAAGGCCAAAUAAAAAUGCCUUCAUUUUAGGCCAUCAUCUUUGAAAAAUCAAGAUUUUGAUCAUCCUCCAGAAGACUUUUGUUGUUUCUCAUUUCUGCAAACUUGAAAUCUCUUUCCUUCUGGUCACAGUAUAUUUGGACCGGCCAGGUGGUUCUUCAUUUCAUUGGCUGCUAGUCUUGGUUUCAUAGUAAUUAAUAGAUAAACUUAACUGUGUGCUGAUAAGCACAGUAUCAGUCAUUCUCUGAUGAGUCAUAGUUUCAAAUUAUUGAAACUGAGAAGUGAGAUCACUGAUGCUUUCCCUCCCCUUCCAACUUCAUUUAGCUAAACUAGAUGGUAGCUGAAGGGUAGAGUGUUAAAGAGAAGAAUAGGCCGGCUCUGGAAAUCUGCUCCUGGUGUGUUAGAAUGCAAAGAAAUAUGUGUCCAUGAAGAGCUUAUGGAUUGUAAUUGUAAUUUAUUGACAUAUCAUAGGAUUUUACUACCAAGUAAAAAGGGGAGAAUGGAGGAGGGAAAUAUUUUAUACCUUAAGUAAAGGAAACACUUUUUUUUUUCUUUUUACUAAAAGAAACACAAAUGAUUGUGUUCAUGAGUUCUUUUAACUCAGACCUGAACAACAUAAGACAAAAUUGAGUUUUUGGAGACAUCUAGGUGAGUUUAGUUUGGAAAUCCUUGUAUUCAUUUUAUUCCUUGAUUUUACUAUUAUCCCAAAGGUUCUUUUUCUUACUGUUAUGAAGAUUUUUGUAAAGCAAUUGCUACAUUAUUUUAGGAUGAUAUUGUACACUUCAGUUUUUCUCAAAUGUUUAAUUCCCAAAGGUUGGUUUUUCCACAAACUAUUUGGAAACAACUAGAAGAAUCUUUGUGAAAAACCUGAAUAAGUUAUAAUAAUCAUCCUCUUGAAAUUGAGCACUUUCCAGCUUAUUCAGGAAAUUAUAAUUAGUUACAAACCUUUUUGAAAAUAUACAUAACCUACCACAAUAAUUGGUAGAUUGUCUCUUUCUGUUGGCUCUCACGCUGACCAUGUUUGCCGUAUAUUUUACCUAUAAGUGUUUUGGAAGAAUAAGAAGGGGAGUUAGCUUCCUAGAAAACAAAAUAUUAAGACCUCAGGAACUACUACCAGAAAAAAAAUUUUUGUAUUGAAACUUACAUAAAGUGUUCCUGUCUCAAGUGCAUAGCAGGAAUAACACUUUUGGUGGCCUUUCAUGUUUAUGGACAGAUUUCUGAUCACUCGUUGAUUUAAUAGAAAAGAAGAAAUUAGCUGCCUUCUAAACUUACUUUUCUCAAAACAAAACAAAAAUCCUAACCCAAAAAAACUGUGACAUUCAAAAAAGAAAAACCCUCCUGGUUAACUGGAUUUAUCUUUUCUAACAUCGAAGGUCUGUGAUGUUGUUUGUUUGCAAUCUAGCUCAUGUCUACCCUGGGUAAUAAUAGACAAUUCUGUUAUUCAGAAUUCUGUUAAACUGAUGUUAGCACUUCAUCAGUUCUACUGUACUAUCACUGAUUUCACAGUGACAACCUGAGGUGACUGCCAAGUCCUAAAGUACUGUUAUCAUCUCUUCAGCAGUUUAGUGUUGAGUGCAACUCAGUGUGUUCUAAAUUUCUGAAAACUGAUAACCCAUGGAAGAUACAUGGGUUGAUACCUCAGAUCAAAUAUGUGUUUACUCUGUUGACUGCUAUUUCUCUGUAAUUGUAUAUCAGAUAUAUAAGCUAUGAACACAAAUUUGUAGGAAAAGGUAGUGUUUGAAAAAUGUAGACAUGGUUUUACUUUUUUUUUCUAUUGAAAACUUUAUUGGUUUAUCCUUCUUGGUGAGGAAAUUCACUGAGGCUGUGAAUUUCAGUGUCAGAUGUUUCUUAAAUGUCACCUGUUACAAAGCUUUGCCCUUGGUGUAUUGUGUUCAGGUUGAAGGUUCUUGGAACACAAGAACCAUGUGUACCCUGGGUUGGAAAAUAAACUGGUGUUGACAUAUAAGCCCGGGAGAAAGACUGAGAAAAUUUUAACGAGUUGAAAUAUGUUGAGAAACAAUGAAAUAUUUCACAUACUCUAAAAAUCCCUGGUGGGCUUCUUCAAUAUGCAUUGAAAAACUAAAAUGUUAUUGCAAACCUUAAACUCAGAAUAAAUUUCUCCAAAUAGGGAUAUAUUGUCUGAGGAGGAAUAAAUAGCCGGAUCCCCAUUUUCAGACUAACCAUGUUAGUCUUAACUGGAAGUUUCAUAUAUGUAUAUAUUUAAAAUAUACACUUUCUUUAUCUCAUAUCGAUGAUAUCUGAAGGUUUAUUAUGUGAAUAUCUGCACUUGUGUUGUUAAGGAUUACAAAGUUGUCCUCACACAGCCAAAUUGAAAGCUUUUCCUAAUUCUGUAAACAUAAUACUUUCAUUUUAUUUUUGGUCUUGUAAAUUGUAUUCUUAGGUUAAUGGUUAAUGAUUUUAUUUUUAGUUCAGAUUGCAAAAUAUUCAUAAAACUGUUUAGCUUUAGUAACAUAAAAUUAACACCUUUCUUUUAUUUUAAGGGUACUAAAUUCAAUACAUGGAAAGCAUCCUACAUCAUGUCUGAUAGAUGAGACAAUUAAUAAAAUUUAGUUCUCUUUGAAUCAACAUCUUAAUUCUUAAGUCUUAUUACUAGAUAGGUAAGGACCAUUAGUUGCCAGUUUUCAUACAUUCUUCAUCUUUUCUCAAUGUGUGUCACAGUAGCUCCUUUUAAGUAACUCAAGGGAAAAUGAAUUCCAUCAUUAUACUAUCUCA